AUGCUGGAUUUUCCAGGGUACAGCCUGUCUGGCACCGUUGCCUCCUUCUUCUUCGUCCUGCUCACCAUGAAGCAGUCAGAUGACUUUAGAGUCAUCGGUCCUGCUCACCCCAUCCUGGCCCGGGUCGGGGAAGAGGCGCUGCUGACGUGUCAGCUGCUCCCCAGGAGGGCGGCCGUGCACAUGGAGGUGAGGUGGUACCGCGCGGAGCCCGGCGCGCGCGUGCUGUCCGCGCACCAGCAUGGAGCGGAGGUGCCCGACGUGCAGACGGAGGACUACCGGGGCCGAGUGGAGUGGGCGGAGGACGGCCUCGCCGAGGGGCGUGCGGCUCUGAAGCUGCGGCGCAUCCGACCGUCCGACGACGGGCAGUACUGGUGCCGUUUCCAGGAGGGCAGCUAUUGCGGAGAAACCAGCUUGCUGCUCCAAGUGGCAGGUCUGGGGUCUGCCCCUCACAUCCACAUGGAGCCGUCUGGGGAGGGGGAAAUCCAGCUUGUGUGCACUGCAGAAGGCUGGUUCCCGGAGCCCCAGGUUUACUGGGAAAACGGCAGGGGAGAGAGGCUGUUGACUUUCUCCGAGUACCACAUCCAAGACGAAGAUGGCUUGUUCUAUGUGGAAGCCACCCUCGUGGUCAGAAACGCCUCAGCAGAGACUGUGUUCUGCUUCGUCCACAACCCUGUCCUCUCUGAGGAGAAGGGCUCGGACAUCUCCAUCCCAGAGAAACUUCAGACUGAGCUGGCUUCCUUAAAAGUGAUUGGACCUUCCCAGCCCCUUCUUGUCAGAGUGGGAGAAGACAUACAGUUAACCUGUUACCUGUUCCCCAAGGCUGAUGCAGAGAACAUGGAGGUGAGGUGGGUCCGGUCCCACCGUUAUCCUGCUGUUUAUGUGUAUAUGGAUGGGGACCACAUGUCUGCUGAGCAGAUGGCAGAAUACAGAGGGAGGACAGUGUUGGUGACGGAUGCCAUCAAUGAGGGGAGACAGACCCUGCUGAUACAUGAUGCCCGGACUUCAGAUGAUGGGCAGUACCGGUGCCUUUUUGAAAAAGAUGGUGUCUACCAGGAGAACAGUUUGGAUCUGAAGAUAGUAGCUCUGGGCUCUUCCCCGCGGGUCACCGCGGAGGGACUGAAGGACGGAGGGAUGCGGCUGAGGUGCACGUCGGGAGGGUGGUUCCCACAGCCACGCGUGCAGUGGAGAGACGUGGAAGCACAGGCCGCGCCGGCAUCUUCCCAGGUCCUGACUCAGGACAGCCGCGGGCUGUUCCAGGUGGAGGCCCUUCUGGUGGUCACCAACAGCUCUGCUGUGAAUGUGACCUGCUCCAUCAGUAACCCCCUUCUUAGCGAGGAGAAAACGGCAACUUUUUCUCUCUCAGGUUAG